AUGGCGUGCAGAAAAUCCGGAUUUUUCGCUUUUGUGUUGACGAUUCUUGGUUUCGGAUUUGUAACGAGUAACGAAUAUACCAAAGUCGUAAGUGGUGGCGAGGAUAUGGAACCCCAUGGCAGAUGUGAACCGAUAAAUAUUCCCCUCUGUAAGGAUAUACAGUACAACCAGACGAUCAUGCCGAAUCUUUUGACACACACAAAACAAGAAGACGCCGGGAUGGAGGUUCAUCAAUUCUUUCCGCUCGUCAAAGUUCAGUGCAGUAAACAGCUCAAGUUUUUCCUGUGCACGAUGUACGCUCCUGUGUGCACAGUGCUUCCAGAAGCCAUCCCACCAUGCCGUAGUCUGUGUGUGGAGGCCCGAACCGGAUGCGAAACCCUGAUGAACAAAUUCGGGUUUGAGUGGCCUGCCAGCUUGGAAUGUGAGCAGUUUCCUGUGACAGGGCUUUGCGUUGGAGAAAACACCACUGAUCACGCAAUAACAACUACCAAACCACCAAAUAAACCGCCUGGAGGUGGUGGAAGUAGUGGAGGAUCAGGGUCAGCGGGUGGUGGUAGUGGUUCUGGUGGCAGUGGCGGUGGAGUUACUAUCAAUCCAAGUCACAGACCUCAGCGGCUGGAAUGUCCCCUGGACCAGUUAGUGCUGGAAGGAUACGAAUACAAACUGCGAGUUGGGCAGGAAGACAUUGAUAACUGUGGAGCACCAUGUAAGGACAUGUUCUUUAAGGAUGACCAGAGAAGCUUUGCGCGGCACUGGAUAGGUAUCUGGUCCUUUGUGUGCCUGGCUUCCACCAUGUUCACCGUGAUGACAUUCUUGAUAGACAUGCAGCGAUUUCGUUACCCGGAAAGACCGAUAAUAUUCCUGUCAGGGUGUUACUUCAUGGUUGCGCUCGCCUACGUGAUUGGAUUCUUCCUGAAAGACGAAUACGCCUGUAGCGUUUUCACGCACAAAGACAAGCAGGGUGUCUCGAGUAUCACGCAGAGUGUCCCGCUGAUCACGCAAGGAACGAAGAAGGAAUGGUGCACAAUCCUUUUCAUGUUGCUCUACUUUUUCAGUAUGGCGUCUUCAAUCUGGUGGGUUAUUCUGACCUUAACCUGGUUCCUGGCGGCAGGCAUGAAAUGGGGUCACGAGCCCAUCGAAGCCAACUCACAGUACUUCCAUCUGGCUGCCUGGGCUGUCCCUGCCAUCAAGACCAUAGCCAUUCUUGCGAUGGGGAAAGUUGAUGGUGAUGUGUUGAGCGGAGUUUGUUAUGUGGGUAUUUCGAACGUAGACGCGCUCCGAGGAUUCCUUAUAGCCCCAUUGGUUGUUUAUUUAAUAAUAGGCACGUCAUUUCUCUUGGCAGGUUUCGUGUCCCUAUUUAAGAUUCGGACCAUUAUGAAGUCUGACGGAACCAAGACGGAUAAGCUCGAAAAACUCAUGGUGCGAAUCGGUAUAUUCUCUGUUUUGUAUACCGUGCCAGCGACGAUAGUUAUCGCCUGCUAUUUCUACGAACAAUCGUCCAGAGAUGCCUGGAUGAUAUCUUGGUGGGCGGCUAAUUGCAAAGGCUUUAAAACAUCAGGAAGCGAGUACCUGUGCCAAAUGACGGACGUUAAGCAGCUAUCACCAGAUUUCAAUGUUUUCAUGAUCAAAUACUUGAUGUCGGUGAUUGUUGGCAUCACCUCAGGAGUUUGGAUCUGGACGGGGAAGACUUUGAACUCCUGGCAAGGGUUUUACGCACGUCUUUGUGGGUCCCGGUCCCACCGAAAUCAUGAAGCCGUUGUGUGAAAGAUAGUGACUACAUGUAAUAAUGGGGUCUUCCCACCAAAGUAUUGAACCAUGUGCAUGUCAUAGUGUAAAUU